UUGAAAUUUGAAAAGAGGAGAUUUGUGAGUGAAAAUGGCGCCUGCUGUCGGUGGUCCACAAGGCUACACACCACCUGAGGGUGGCUGGGGAUGGAUGGUGGUGGUUGGGGCCUUCAUCUCUAUUGGAUUCUCCUAUGCAUUCCCCAAGUCUAUCACGGUCUUCUUUAAAGACAUUGAGGUGAUCUUUGACGUGUCCAGCAGCCAGGUGUCCUGGAUCUCUUCCAUCAUGUUAGCGGUCAUGUACGGUGGAGGUCCUAUCAGCAGCAUCCUGGUUAAUAAAUAUGGCAGUCGUCCUGUUAUGAUGGCGGGAGGAUGCCUGUCUGGAGUGGGCCUUAUUGCUGCCUCUUUCUGCAACUCCGUUCAAGCACUGUACUUUUGUAUUGGUGUGGUGGGAGGUUUGGGAUUGGCCUUCAACCUCAACCCUGCCCUCACUAUGAUUGGAAAGUACUUCUACAAAAGGCGGCCUAUUGCCAAUGGAAUUGCCAUGGCUGGAAGCCCUGUCUUUCUCUCCACCAUGGCUCCUAUAAACACCUUGCUAUUUGACCGCUUUGGCUGGAGAGGAAGUUUCUUGAUCCUGGGUGGUUUGCUCCUCAAUUGCUGUGUCGCUGGUUCCCUCAUGCGGCCUAUAGGACCAAAACCCAAACCUGUAGAGAAGAUCACAGAGAGGAGGACUGUAGCGCAGACCAUUAACAGCUUUAUCGACCUUUCUUUGUUCAAGAACCGUGGCUUUUUGCUUUAUAUUAUGGGCAAUAUUAUCAUGUUUUUUGGUCUCUUUCCACCACUGGUGUUCCUCAGUAAUUUUGCAAAGAGUAAAGACAUCCCUAAAGACAAGGCGGCUUUCUUAUUGUCUGUGCUGGCUUUUGUCGACAUGGUUGCCCGGCCCUCAAUGGGCAUCGUGGCUAACACAAAGUGGGUCCGGCCCAGAAUACAGUACUUCUUUGCUGCCUCUGUGUUGUACAAUGGUGUUUGCCACAUUCUAGCACCAAUAUCCGUGGACUACACAGGCUUUGUGAUUUAUGCAAUCUUCUUUGGGUUUGCUUUUGGCUGGCUGAGUUCAGUGCUGUUUGAGACCUUGAUGGACCUAGUGGGAACCCAGCGCUUCUCCAGUGCUGUUGGGCUGGUCACUAUUGUGGAGUGUGGUCCUGUAUUGGUAGGGCCCCCUUUGCUUGGGAAGUUCAAAGACAUCUAUCACGAUUACAAGUACACAUACCAGGGCUGUGGGAUCCUCCUCAUCGUCUCCAGUGUCUUCCUGUUUGCAGGGAUGGGAUACAACUAUCGAAUGCUGGCCAAAGAGAAAAAAGAGGAGGAGAAGAGGUCUAAGGUGGGAUGUAGAGAACAAAGGUCCAACAGGGUCAAUGCUGCCAAAGAGGUGGCAGAGGAAGGGAACACCGAAGACACUGUCUAAUAUUCUGUAUCAUGCUCAUUUCAAGUUCAUUUUUUUGUCUGUGAGGUGUAUAUAUGCAAACUAUUUACGCACCUAUUAAAGCCCUUUAAACUAGAAUGAACAAUCCACAUAAAAUACCUCUAAUAUUCUUAUAGGAUUGUCAAGUUUGCUUAGCCUUUUAUGCCACUUAUAUUGUUAUAUUAUGGUAUUGUAAAAAAAAAUAAUCUCAGAUGGUAUCAACUCUUUCUACAGCACAUCAUUUAUAGUAUUUCAUCCUUCUAAAAUGUACCAUCAGAUAAUUAAAAUAUAUUUUUCAAUGAGGAACACGCAAAGUGCAGCUCUCCAUUUUUUCAACAUGAAUGCAAAUAUUCUCUAUGAGCAUCUCUAUGUGCAUACUUAUAGUAGUCACCUCAUUUUGCCUGCAACACCACAUGUAUAGACUUUUUCCUGUUUACAAGGACUGUGCAAUUUUGGAAGGUUUGAAAACAUCCUGUGCCACUUUCACUUUGUAUGUUCUAGUCAAAUAUAUUCAUACUUAUUCUCAAUUUCUAUUUUAAACAUGUUUUGCUGUUCCAUUUUUGAUGAGUAUCAAUAAUUCUGUAUUAAACCUUGUUGCAUAGCUUUGUGUACUGACAUGAUAAGACAAUGUGCCACUGAGUUACUGUGUAUGGAA